UACACAGUUUCACAAUAAUUACGUUUGCAUUAUUGGUCAUUUAGAUAGUGACCAAUUUUUUACCGGAUGUAUUGAAUAAUACGUGAUUACUCUACUAAACAACAGCCAAAUACAAGAUGGGUUCGAGUUUCUCUUUGGAAAAAUCGAUGAAACCGAUCCAGAGACCCAAUGCCCACUCUCACCACACACCAUUUCGAGUCGCCCCCGGAACAGUAAAUACUGGUAACGUACAGAUGCCCUGUACAUGUAACCCUGGUACAUCUUACCAACAACCGCUCCCCGCACAGGUUAUGCAGCCGCCCCCUUACAUGACACAGUCGGUUGCGGUCGCUGGUAAUGGUUUCCCAGUACCACUUCAACAGACACAUGGCUUUGUGAUGCAACAUCCGGGAUACGGAAUGCGGCAGCCAGUCUUUGUGAUGCAGCAGCCGGAAUAUGGGCUGCAACAGCCGAGCUUUGGGGUACAACAGCCUUUUAAUGGCAAACAGCAGCAUACCUAUGACAUGCACCAGCCUGGUCCUGCGACAAAUCUUGGAUACUCAGGCGCCAGAACAAUAGACCCCCCUCCGCCAUACACAGAGAACUCUGAACCAAUGGUAGGUGCCAAGCAGAACGAGGCCGUUGUAUAUCGUGUCCCAGUGACCGAGGUAUCACCCAACGUCGAAACAGAUAAAGAGGAAAUCUCGUCGGUAUUUUCACCUGCACACGAAACAAAUCCGGCGGUCAAUCAAAACAAUGAACAAUUUCAAAUCACGGAGCAUGGUGCAGGCGACGCUUCAAACCAAGAAGAAUUACUGCUUGUGUAGAUUAAGCCCUGGUAACUUGAUGCAAGGUUCAAAAUGAUUAUAUGUUUUACUGUCUUUUUCUCAGAUAUAUGUCGGAUAACAAAUCCUAUCACAAUUUGUAAUACAUAUAGUGGUUUUAAUAUGCUGUGUGGAAGGCUUAGUGCAUCACAAAAUAAAAGAUCGGAUAAUGCAUUAACAUAAAGUUUCCAUUGUGUAGGCAUUCAAACAUGACAUUUAUUUUGUAGCAAAGUGAUUCAAUUGGCUUAUAUUAUGUAAUUGUAUUUUUUUAUUUCGAUACAGUUGUUACCUCGAAACUGUAUAAUGAGGUUCUGACGUCCAAGACUCAGUUUAGUUUCUUU